GACAGAAGGAUCCAUCUGAUUACCCAACAUGAGUGACAAAGACUACGACAGCAUCUAUGACACAAUCCAAAAAGAGGUCGUGUAUGAGGAUCCAGAAGAGCAGAAAGAAAAUGAAGGACCCCUCUAUGAUGACAUCCAGAAAGACGUGGAGCCUGAACACAACUUCUAUGAAAACCAGCUGGACUCGUCUGAGUAUGCCAUUGUGUCUGACUACGCCACUGGGGAGGAGGAGAGCAGCCUAUAUGCCCGGUCAGGAGCAGAGGGCUACCUCCUGCCAGAUGAGGUGCAGCCUGAGGACCAGGAGCCUGAACCAGAUGAGCCCCAGGAGGACAGAGGCGACUCGAUGGACGAAUUGCAUCCCCCCUCCCAGGCCCGGGCCCUCUUCUCAGCGGAGCUCCACUUGGAGGAUUCCCAGGAGAACGGGUACAUGAUGGCAGAAGACCUUCCCUCUUCUUCCAGCUUCACCGUCCAGCAGAGCAAAGCCUUCUCCAUCAGCACGGAUUCCCCAGCUGGAUAUUCCGGUGCUAAUGAUUCAGAAGACACCGAUGCCUCUUUCAUGAACCCCGAGAUUAUUCUCUUUGUGAAGGCUGGAAUCGAUGGAGAGAGCAUCGGCAACUGUCCCUUCUCUCAGCGCCUCUUCAUGAUCCUCUGGCUGAAAGGGGUUGUGUUCAAUGUCACCACUGUGGAUCUGAAAAGGAAGCCAGCCGAUCUGCACAACCUAGCCCCUGGGACCCAUCCACCUUUCCUGACCUUCAACGGCGACGUGAAGACGGAUGUCAAUAAGAUCGAGGAGUUCUUGGAGGAGACCUUGACCCCUGAAAAGUACCCUAAGCUGGCUGCGAAACACCGGGGGUCCAACACUGCCGGCAUCGACAUCUUCUCCAAGUUCUCCGCAUACAUCAAAAACACGAAGCAGCAAGACAAUGCUGCCCUUGAGAGAGGCCUGACCAAGGCUUUGAAGAAACUGGAUGACUACCUGAACACCCCUUUGCCAGAGGAAGUAGACGCCAAUUCCUAUGGGGACGAUGAAAAAGGGUCCCGCCGCAAGUUCCUGGAUGGGGACGAGCUGACACUGGCUGAUUGCAAUCUGCUGCCCAAGCUCCACGUGGUCAAGAUUGUGGCCAAGCGAUACCGCAACUAUAAUAUCCCAAGUGAGAUGACAGGCCUGUGGCGGUACCUCAAGAAUGCCUAUGCCCGGGAUGAGUUCACCAACACCUGUGCAGCUGACCAUGAGAUUGAGAUGGCCUACGCCGACGUUGCCAAGCGCCUCAGCCGGUCCUGAGCGUGGCCAUCUUGAUCCAUCACUGCUCUGCAGAACUCUCCAAAGGACUCCAGCUUCACAGCUCCCUCCUCCACAUUGCCUCGGGGAAUGUUUGUUGUUGUUGCUUUAAUCACAGCCACUCUUUGCUGACAUCACAGGAACUCCAGCUUGCUCGCUUAGGAUAGGUCAGCCUUGCCUCACCACCCCAAAACUGGUCAGCCAUCAACCCAUCAGCCUGCUGGCCCCGUCUGGGUUCCUUGUGUGUUGGGGAAAAAAAAAAUCCUCGUUUCCAAUGCUUGUCCCCAGUGCCUUCUGCAAUAGCAAGAUAGUGUUUGAGGUGCAUUAGCAUAAUGUAACACUGACUCCUCUUCCAGCCCCUUCUUUGUCACUCACUCCAAUGGCCUAGGGCAGAUGCCAGUGUUGUUCUUAUUAGAAAGACGUUGCUGCCGUGCUAGGGGAGAUGGGGGGAGGGAAUGGAGGGGGAAUCAGCUGGCUGUGGAUUUGGGCAUCUGGCAAACACACCUUCAGCUGCUACGUUCCUGACACUCCUGGCAUUGGACACUGAUGGCAAGACGGGAAAAUCACUCCUGACACCAUUCUCCGUUUGCACAGUGCUGUGCUGCUGCACAUGCCGGUGUCCACGCUGUCCAGACGUGGCCGAGGAAAGUCAUGGGCAUGCAGUCUCAAACUGGGGUGACCAGCCAGGGGAGGACUGUGGGAGCAGUGUCGAUGCCAAAAGACCCACAGGGUCUACCAGCCACGGCGGUGGUCUGCGUAGUGGUAGUGGUUUCGCUGGAGACCAGCAGUGUGGGUUUGACUGUGCUUACCAAUGAGUGUGCUUCGUGUCUGUGGGUGGGAGGUGGAAGGCUGGGGGGAAAUAAAAGGUUCUUGAUGAGGCCUGGUUCUCGGGACAUCUUCUGGACAGGUCUUCCCUCUCGUGAGUGAAGUCUUUCCCCGAUGGUUUCAACUAACUACCAAACCCCAAGAAUGGGCCAAAAUUCUCUUUUCCAAUCUCUCCAACUUUCUCCAGGAUCUACUAGCUGGGUGCUCUCAGGUAACAGCUCCCAACUGAUUCAGCCUCAGCCUCUGAUGGCCAAGAGACAGGUUUCCUGGGUGGCAUGAUCAUGGGCUACCUUAAGAAGAAAGUCCAUGGGCCUUUCUGAUGGGGAAGUCAUGUGAUAUGAACUCAAAGAACAACACAGAUCCAUUGAGGUUAUUUUUCUGAUCUUCAGAUUAAACAGUAAUAUUUCUGAGCCAAGAUCUCAUUCCUCCAUCCUUCUCCCAGAGGGUCACCGCCUUAGAAAUCCUAACUGGUCUGAGCAUAAGGGCAGGGGAAAAUGAACAAAUCAGCAGCCCCCUUUCUUAGUGAAUGCCCUGUGAAAACAUUCAUCCGCAGCAGGCCCUCGCCUUCAACAACCCUUCCUUCUGUGCUGCUGCUUGUUCGAGGGUGAGGCCCGCAGUGUGGCAAAGCCCCUGGCCCUGCCUCAUUUCUCAGCGAGGGCAGGACCGACCGCACGGGUCCUUUCCACAGAAACAUCAACAACUUGUAACCCCAGCAAUCCCUGGGUCUCCCUGCCUCCAGGGAUCUCUGAAGGAAAAAGGUGACCCAUUGAUGCAAUCCGAGGGGCGGGAGUGGAAGGGCCCCUUUAGCCAACCGUGGAAGAGGAAACUUCACAGUGAAGCUUGAGAGGUCUUUGAAGAGGCAGAAAGAAGCGAUUCAUUUCCGACCUCUGAAGGACCCUAUCCAUGAAACCUUGUCCCUGGGGAAGUUUAGGAGGGGGAACUGGCAAGGAAGCAGCCCUUUGAACUGCAGGGGGGAAGCCUACAACUGGUCUCUGGGGAAUGAAGGCUUGGAAGACCCUGAAGUCCUUGUAAUUAGUGUGAAAUCCUGUUGCACUCAAAAACCCAUUCCUCCACGCUCAGCACGGGCAGGUGCCCCAAGACCCACAGCUACUCUGGCCAACAAACCCCUCCGUGCAGCACAGCCUGGAGAGGAAGGUGGGGUCAGGGAAACGGAAGGCAGUGCCAGGUGGAGCAGCGCCACCCUGAGGGGGAGCUUGCAGGAUCCUCUUACCUGCUGCUCGGAAUUCGGCCACUGGCUGUUCUUUAGAAACCCAGGGGUCACAGCAAAUGCUUCUUUCUCGCUGCUCCUUCUGUGAUGCUGCAUGAAUAACAAUAGGAAGGAGCUGGUGAGCUGGCAAUCAAUCGGCAGUAUAACCAUAUUGUAAAGAAGUGGCAGUUGCAUGGGACAUGAUAACCAUGUCCCAAUGGGGACUUCAAAACUUGGUGGGAAAAUUCCAUAUUUUUGGAGCCCCUUUGUAUGAAAGGAAGGCACUUGUGGAUCCUCACAUCAUAAAUACAGUUUUUUAAAUGUACCUAGUAGAUUAUUGAAUGAUGCAACUGCUGCCUCAGAACCCUAAGAUCUUCACACCAUGUUCAUCAAAUAUUGUAAAAACAAUUAUCUGAAGAUUACCUUCUGAUUUAUUUUGUCCCAAAUGAGAUUUUUAUUACGGGUCUCAAGGUUCCCCAAGCCUUUUCAGGGGGUUGGCGAUGACCCUGUCAUAAGCACGGCAAACCAUCUCCCCAGAACCGUGCCUUUGGUGUCCCAAGAACCAACCUAGAACAAAUGGAAGUGUUUGCCAGCCCCUGGACUUUGAUUCCUCACAGCAGUUCAGUGGCACAGAGCAGGAGAUUUACGUGUGUUGAGUGCUUUUCUAUUCUGUCUUUACUUUUGCCCAUCGGCUUUCACUCCACUGUUCUUUAUCGGGGUAGCUUAGUGGGAGGCAGAGGUAGGAGCAGGAUUCAAGCUCAGAACGAUCCGGGUUGAAUUUACCCAUCUGCUGCACAUCCUUUAAGCUAACUUGAAAAGAUGUUGGGUGAGGUGUGGGUAGGUGGAAAAGAUGAACUGAAUACAUAAAAUCUUGAUCUAAGGAUGGCACCAUUCCUCCAAUCAGAAGCCUCCCUCUCCUGUCAAAGGAAGCCAGCCGCCUAACCAUUCAGAAUCACAAACACCAGCCUGGCUGUCCUAAACAAGGGGUGCUAGCUACCAAAGAAGUGGGCUGAGAAGUGAAAUAGCAAUCAAUGAGCUUCUGUUAGUGGACAACCCAAAACUAGUUUAACCUGCCUGGGAAAUGGCCCUGUUUUCAGGGUUACCUGGUCCUACUGCUGGGGCCAGUGAAGAAUCUUGAUCUUUCAGGACAAAGGGGCUGUGCCAAGAGUGAGGCUUCCUGAACCGUGUUUUCUGCCACUUGUCCCAUUGACGGACUGAUGUUCCUCAGAGCCCCUGUGCACACUGUUUAUUCUAUAGACAGACAAGACCAAGGAUCGUAGUGCCAUCACAAAAUGAACCGUGUGUGGACUUGACCUUGAAGAUCGGAACCCUCCAGAAAUCAGCGAGGCUGGAGCAAAUGGAAAUACACAGGCAGAGAUCUGAGUGGCCCAUCUUGAGCCAACCAGCACCAGUGGCUUUCAAGUCAACUCUGCUUCAUGGGGACCCCUGCGUGUCAGAAUAGACCUGUGCUCCGUAGGGUUGUUGGUGAAUGAUUUUUUUUAAAGUAGGUCUUGACCUCCAAGGAGCCUCUGUUGGACUCAUAGCUCCAAGCCUUCAGUUAUCAGUCAAGCAUGUUAACCUUUUGCAACAUUGAUGGACUCCUCUCUUAAAAAGGUAGAGUCUAAAAUGAAAUUAACUUAGUGGCUGCAUAUGCUGCCCCCACCCCCACCACCCCCAUACUGCUGUGACACACCCUUUCCUCACUGGCUAGAAACCAUCUCAGCAGUAGAAUGAACCCAGAGGCUGAGGUCUCCCUCCUCGCCUCUUUAAGCUCUGGCCGUAAGUGCGUCACAUGCACAACACACUCUCUUGAAAAAACAGUGUGAGGAGGUUCUGUUGGGUCCCAAGAACUAAGCCUGAAGGAAUUGAGCAUUCAUUUAUGAUGAAAAGUAAGCUCAGUGAUUCCCAAGGGAUGACGUCCUUAUUUCGGGUACGGCCUUGAAAUGGAUCUUCAGACAUCAUCAGAGAAAGAAGCGUGCAUUGUUCCAUCGCGUGGAUCUGGGUCUGCUUGCUGCAGGAGAACAGUAUUGAUCACAUCGCCGCCCUGGGCCCUUUCUGUACACAUGGCCCAUCGUCUUCUCUCCUUUCGUCUGUGUCAAACAAUGAGCGCCCUUCUCAUGACUGCAUGCUCCUCUCCCUCGGCCAUUAUUCUUCCAGUUUUAGGAUUCUUUCAUAAUUAAAUAGGAUCCAAAAUGCAUAUAACUUUAUUUAAUGUUAGUUAAGGAACUAGAACCCAUGCCUCUCUGAUCUCACACCGCACCCCACCCCAGCUCAAUUAAAUAUUGCCUCGUUGUAGGGUUUGGGCCAAUUUGUGUUUCUAUAAAGUCAAUCUGAUUUUGGCAAAACAUAGUGUUAAGGAUCCAAUUAUCUAAGGUAUUUUAUGUAGAGCUAGAGAUCUUACAGUAUUGACUAUGCAUAUAUUUAUGAUCUAUCUUGCUGAUGUUUGAAUUUGUCUGACUUCCCUAGUCACCUGGUUGUAAGUUGGAGAGCUGACUAGCAAAACAACAAGCAUUUUAUUUUAUAAAGACACUCCAAAUGAUGGUUCUCUUGAGACCUUUAACUGUGGUGAGAAAAUAACUAAGAUGUGCUUUUAAGCCUUAAUAAAUGUACAAUGCCUUCUAAUGAAGAUAAAGAGGUGUGUUUUCCUCAUGAAUCUGAAGCAGUUAUAACUGUGUUUCUCAUUCUUGAUUGGUAUUGACUGAUUCAAAUAAAGCUGGUUUAUUUUCAAAGAUUA